AUGCUGCUCGAUCUACUUGCACGAGAACGCCCGCCGCACCCGGAUGUGCUGACGAUCCCAACACCUCCACUCCAACAAACCGCCCUCUUCAUCGUCUUCUUCUUUCCAGCCCUAUCCGUCUUUACCUUUGGGCUGCGGGCCUAUGGCAGGCUGAGUACCCGCCAAUGGGGCCUAGGUGCGUGGGAGUCACGGUCGAGACCAGGUCGAUCUUUGAUACUUAUUGACCACGGGAUAGAUGACUGGCUAUGCGGCCUGGCUGUGGUAGGGAAUCCUUCGUCGUUCAUCAAACUGGGCUACUUUGGAUGGAGAGCCGUCGACGUCCCCAAAGACCAUGACAUGAAGGCGGGUUUGUGGUGGAACUUCCUGGUGCAGAUGUUCUACAACCCAGUCCUGGCCCUCGUCAAGGCCUCGGUCCUGGUGUUUCUGCUGCGCCUGGGCGGACAGAAGCAAGGGGCCCGGCUCGCUAUCCACGGACUCAACGUCUUCAACGCGUGCCACGCCGUCGCCAUCUUCUUCGCCGCGCUGUUCCAGUGCCUCCCGAUCGAGGCCAACUGGGACUUCUCCCUACGGGCUGAACCGGAGACCAAGUGCAUCAGUAACUCGUUCCACGUCAUCGCGUCGUGUCUGACCAUCUUCUCGGAUAUCCUGGUCCUCGCCUUGCCCUUUUGGAUCUUCUUGGGCCUCAGGAUGCCCAUGGCUGCGAAGAUGGCCGUCAUCGGGGUCUUCUUGAUGGGUAUCGUCGUUACCGUCGUUGCAGUCAUUCGCGUCGUUCAGAUCUACAAACUCUUCUUUGUCCAGCCGCCACCGGGGACCGACAACUACCACGACAUCGGCUUGACAACCUCGACCAUCGAGGUCAACCUGGCCAUCUUUUCCGCCUGCGUGCCGGCGCUGCGGCCUCUCUUCCGCCGGUGGAUGCCGAAGCUGUUUGGCGGCGGCACGACCAACAAGCAGAGCGCCAGGACGGGCUACUACGAUAACUACGCGACGGGGUCUCGACGAAAACACGCGGGCACCAAGGGCGAGGACGACAUCACCCUCAGGGAGAUGAGGUCAAAGGGACAUCGCGCCGAGAUCCGGAGCGUCUCGCCCACGGGCUCCGAGGAGGAGAUCAUGACGUACAACGGCAUUGUGAGGACGACGAACGUCAAGGUCCACUACGAGUCUCACGGCAGCGUCGAUGGUUCGCGGUCGUCUACCGAUUUCAAGAGCAGCGAAGUCCCUGCCAAGGGGCUGGCAUUUUAG